GACUAUAAUUAACGCGCACCUCCCUUAGAGUUCUUGUCUUCGCUUGUGUCGUUGCAGCUCAAGCCAUGGCGACUGGUGGUGCGGUGCAGAUCCUGCGCAAGUCUCUGCAGGAUGCCCACAACUCCCUCGAGUUCUCCAGCGAUGCCCUCAAGAGGCUUACUGGCCGCGACCCCGCCGUUCCGCCCAACCGCUCAGGCCCCACUCCCGAGAGGAGGAGGAGCGGCGGAGGAAGAAUGAGAGCCUGGUCAGGCGAAUACGACGCCCCUGUCAGCAAGAGGAGAGACUCGUUUGGAGCAAAAUCUCGGCUGGCAGGUAGACUGGGGCCUCCGGUGUGGCGAGAAGGAGACGAGCAAGGGGAGCAGCAACAGCCCGAGAGGGAGGAGAGAGGGAGGGGGAGGGAAGAAAGGAUGAGAGCAGAGAGGGAGGGGAGGGUGGUGGAGAGGGAGGAGAGGAUGAGAGAGAGGGAGGGGAGGGGGAAAAGGGCAGUGUGGAGGGGGCGGGGGGAAGCAGAAGAGAGGAAGAGGGACAGUGAGGGGGAGGACCAAGAGAUGGGGGAGGACCAGGAGAUGGAAGAGCAGUCCAAACCCUCACUGCAGUCGUCAGUAGUGGCCACUAUAGCACCUCCGAGACCAAAAGAUGAUCCAGCACAGGAUGGCAAGAAUAAAAUGAGGAACCGGAGGAUGUUUGGUUUUCUGAUGGGAACACUCCAGAAGUUCAAAGAUACUGAAGAGGCUUCUAAACAGACCGAGAAGGAGAAGACCCGAAAGGCCAUAGAGAUGAAACUGGAGCAGACUGAGGCAGAGGAGAGGGCAGCAAUCACACAGGAGAAGAGGGAGCUGUUCCAGAAGAUCAAGAACGAGAAGAUAAGGGUCAGUCGCAUCAAGAGCCACCUCGAGACUGCUGAAGAGUUUGAAGAGUGGAAUGAGCAUUCUCGCAAACUGCUGGGCUACAUACAGACACGCAACAAGCCGCCGAUAUUCUACGUGCCAGCUCAGCACAAUUCCGAGACCACAGAGGCCCUCAACAAAACCACGACCAAGAUAGAGGGUGUUAUAAAGGAGCGUCAGGCAGAGAUUGACGCCAUGUUGGCCGACGCCGCUGCCCCAGUGGAGGUGGGAGGAAAGGAUGAGGGGGAAAAGGAGGAGGGAGAAAUGGACAUUUCAGGGGAGGCCCCUGUUGUAGCAGGCAGUAAUGUAAGGGAGGGAGGGGCCCAGGGGGAAGGGGAGGGUAAGAGGUCUGAAGGGGAAGCCUCAGAUUCUGACUAGGCUGUAGGUAAGCCCUUCUUCUAUAGGCCUGCUGUAAUGGGUGGCUGUUAUCUUCACACACAUGCUCCUUGGUGAAUUGUACCCGCAUUUUGAAUUUUUUUCUCGACAAAACU